UCACAAACCCCUGUGAUGAAAAUACUGACGAGCAUUAAAAAGUCGGUCAAGCGUGGGGGUAAAGGUAAAGGCUACAAGGCUAGUUCUACUAAACUUACCAAUAAAAGGACGUCUAAACUAGCCAAGCAGGGAAAACUGAAACCAAAGAAGAAGAAGAAAGGGUGGGGAGAACUGAAUCAACAGAGUGAAAUUCAAAACCAUCACCGGGUGAACGGCAGGGAUGAAUCGGUUCCAGAAGAGGAGAGCGAUUUGAGUGACCAGGAUCUAGAUUUUUAUGGUACACCAGGAACGGCAUCAAGCUUCAUAUCUGAUGCCAAAUUUGGAUCAUUGUCCAAAGAAACAGUUAGCAAAGGAAAGAAAAGAAAAAAGAACAUUGAUGAAGGAGAGGAGGAGAACUAUGAACAGAAACCACGUAAACUGUUUGCAAAAGAAGAAAACAUCAAAUCUUUGUUACCAAUUAAAACGAGCCAUGGGGUCAUACCACAAAUGACGCAGAUAAAACAAGAGGAACCUGAAAUAAAAGAAGAGAUGAUUGAAAAAUCUGAGGCAGCAACUCCAGAAAAACAAGAAGAAUUACCUACCCUUACAAAUAUAGAACUGUAUGCUAACAGACAGGAAAAACUGAGAGCAAGAAAAGCCCGAAUAGCAGCCUUAGCCAGCUCGCUCAUAGAAAACCCAGAGGAAAAUAUUAAGAAGUUGAAGGAGCUGAGGUCGUACGUGACGGAGUGUGAUCCUGACAUGUUUCUGACCGUCCGUAAGCUGGCCAUGAUCUCCAUGAUGGAGGUGUUUAAAGACAUCAUUCCAGGCUACAGGAUCAGACUACCAACAGAGGCUGAAAAAGCUGCCAAGCUGAAGAAAGAAACCAAAAAAAUCCGGGACUUUGAAGAGACUUUCUUGUCGAACUACAAAAAGUACUUAGAGUUUCUAGAAAUGACAUGUAAAGGUAAACUUGUGGAAGACAAGGAUAACAGAUUUGGGAAGAGUGGGGCAGAACUGAGACCUUCUCCUGCUGCUUCUCAGUCCCUGUCGGUGCUGGCCGCUAAAUGCCUGUGUGAAAUCCUGAAGGCACACCCCCACUUUAACUACAGAAACAACAUCAUCACGGUACUGGUGCCCCACAUGAACAAGGGAAACAAGGAGGUCAGGGAUAUUGUAUGUAACACAGUCAGAGAGAUAUUCAGAAGUGACAAGUCAGGAGAAGUGUCGUUGGAGAUUGUGAAGAGCAUAAGUAGAAUGGUCAAGAUCCGCGAGUUCAAGGUCAAGAGAGAGGUGCUGGAUUCGUUUCUAAGUCUCAAAAUCAAAGAGGUGGACUAUGAGGGAGACUUGGUGAAGCAGGAUGGGAAGACGAGGAAAGAAAUGAUGAAGAAGAUGUCUCGACGAGAGCGCAAAAAAAAGAAGAAGAUGGAGCUAUUGGAGCAUGAACUUCUAGAAACAAAAGCAUCAGAGGACAAAAACAAAAAGAUUAAGAUGCACACAGAAAUCGUUCAAACUAUAUUCCACACAUACUUCCGAGUCUUGAAGAGCCUGCAUCAGUCCUCCCUGUUGUCUACAGUGUUAGAAGGAUUAGCCAGAUUUGCCCAUCUAAUUAAUGUGGAUUUCUUUGAAGACUUGUUCAAUGUGUUCAACAAUUUGAUAGACUCAGGGAACCUGGGUUAUAGAGAGUCACUCCAUUGUAUAAAAACUGCCUUUGUUAUUCUGAUGGGGCAAGGAGAAGUGCUGAAUAUUGACCCCAUGAGGUUCUACACCCAUCUGUACAACAGUAUCCUGAGUGUACAUGCCGGCGUGUCCAGUGAUGACACCUCAUUGGUGCUGGAUUGUGUGGAGUGCAUGCUGGGACGAAGACGACGACAGAUUUCCCAGCAACGAGUUCUGGCAUUCAUCAAGAGGAUCUGUACCCUGAGUCUUCAGCAGGACGGACACUGUUGUGUGGCUCUGUUAGCCGUUCUACGAAGUUUUGUGGUGAAUUUCAAGUCGAGCGAACUGCUGUUUGAUAAUGAGACCCAAGGGAGCGGAAUGUUCCUACCGGAGUUACCUCACCCUGAACAUAGUAAUGCACACAACACAAUGCUAUGGGAGAUAACCCUGCUGAAGAACCAUUACCAUCCUGUGGUCAGACAGUUUGCUGCUCAUCUAGGAAAGAUGGCACCUACUUCUGGGGAAGGUCAGCUUCCUGUUGACCUACUUCGCAGGGACCCAAAGCAGUUUUUACAGGAUUUUAAACCAACAGAAAUUUUCUUUGGAAUAGAAUUUCCAAAGAAGUGUUCUACAAAAAAGAAAUAUUUUAAACCUGGUACAGAGUUUACACAGCCAGAAUUCAGCCAAAUAGUUGCUGACACAUGCAGACUGAUGGACGGGGGAAAGGGAAGUACAGAAGAACCACGCGAAGAGAGUGUUACUUGAUGUUGGAAUUUUGUAAAAAUAAAAAUAGAAAUUAAAUUGAAUUCUUUAUUUUGAUUAUUUCAUUAACAAACAUUAUACUUUGUGAAUAAAAAAAUUAAAAGGACUAUAUGUAAUAUGAGACUAAUAUGGCCCAAUAAUUCGCAAUUUCUAAAAGUAAUUCAGGUGCAUUGCUUUGUUUUUUUUUUUAGAAUGGUUGUUAUAUGUUUUUCACAUGUUUAUUUAUUUU